AUGCUAAAUACAAGCUUGAUCGUGUCAAGUGGUUCAGCUUUCAGUAAUGUGCUUAAAGCAAAAGAAGAUUUACAUAAAUCUGCUGAACAAUUAGAACGAGAAAAACGAGCUAUACUUUCAGAACGUAUACCAACUUUAAAACUUGAUGGCAAAACAAAACAAGAUCUUAUUGAUACAGCAAAAGAAUUUCAUGAACUUCUCGAACAAUUACAUGGUGCUAUUUAUGAAUUAAGUGAACGAUUUGAACGACAAAAAUAUGAUAUGAUUGAAUUAAGUGAACGUGCUCGUCAAAUUGAAAAAGGAAAAGCUAAAACACGUAAAUCAAAUAUCGUUCAUACUGGUCUUGGUGGUGGUAUUUUUACUGGGGUUAAUGAUAUUACAGCACAAGCACCGCCAAAAGUAUCACUUUUCAGUCGAUACGAACGUGUUACUGAUCGUCGUACGUAUACAGAUCGUCGCGAUGUUUGGUCCGUAGAGAAAAAAUCAUCUGAUUUUGUUGCUGAACGUCCAAAAGCUAAAAUAAAACAAGUUGCACCAUCGCCUGAUGACAAUUCAGUGCGUAAAACUAAAAGUGCUGCUAGAAAACAACAAUCCGAAGAUAAAUCAGAGGAUUUACCACCUCCUCCACCACCUGUUGAAGAAGAACCAGAAGAAGAAGCACCAGCACCCGAAGAACCAGCUCCUGAAGAACCCGCAGCUGAAGAAGAACCUACACCUGCAGAAGAACCACCAGCAGAAGAAGAAGAAUAG